UUAGUAGUAGUAGUAUGAAUGUUGGUGAAUUUGUUAGGCAAUAUCAUAAAUCAAGGAGAUUAUUAUUAUUAUUAUUAUUAUUAUUACUAUUAUAUCAACCAUCACUGAGCACGUCAUGUUUUGUAGAAAUCAGUGAUAUUAAUACGACACUGAUAUCUACUUUAUUAUCCAUCUUUUUUCACAUGAUGCACCUGUUAGCUAGUGAUCAAAUCAUUCCUGAGCUGAAUUAGGUGUGAAAGAAAACUUCAGUUACCAAAAUUUGUCUGGCCCACAUCCUUGGGUUUGGUCUGGCCCAGUGUACAUCCGGGUCCUCACCCCAGAUCUGGCCUACAUGCCGUAAAUUCAGCAGAGCUAAUGGAUGUGGUCCAAAUCUGGUCCACAACAUUCAAGCCAGAAUUGGCCCACAAAUUUAGAAACAAGGCCAAACUGUAUAAAACUGUCUGGCCCUAUUCUGGCCUGUGCAUCUAACAUCUGCCUGGUAGUCAACCAACACUGAUGUAGGAAAGCCAGAACUGGCCCUAAACUGUGCUAUCUGGACAUGACAGUGUGCAGUGCAGGUGGACUGACUGACUGCAAGACUGGACAGGCCUCUCAGAGCUCCACCGUUUAAGCCGCUGAGGCGUUGCCAAGGCAACGUGGCUAUGUUGGCAACUGGAGAGCGACGCGGGUGAAAAUGUCUCCACGCGAAAUGAAACGGACAAAACAGGCUGAGUAAAGAGGGAAACAUGCAUAUGACGAGACCAAAAUCCUCUAAAGGCCGCACUAGAGUCAGGGUGACUCAGGCUGUGGAUGAAGGUGUUCAACAGAGCCACAUGUUUUCCCCCCAUCCUCCCCCUCCUCCUGCGUCCACCGUGAUUCCCACCCACACCGUCCCCAGACAGAGCAGCAGGCCAAGUGCAGAUGUUCGCCCUGAAAUCUUCGAAAGACCCCCAGAUGUUCCGGUCCUCUCCCUCAACAAAUACAAGGUCCUCCCUUCCAUCGAGAAAAGGCCAGGAGAUUUAUCGGCCAGAGGUGUGGAAGAAAAGGUCUCAAGGCUCAGUCUGUCCGACAGCAGCCUUCGUGACCACCAUCAGCUCCAGAGAGAGCAACAUAUCUCCCAUUUCUGUUCUUGGACUGCUUCCAAAAGUGACCCAGAGAUGGAGAUUGUGUCUACGGUCCAGUUUGAUCCUAACACAGGGAGGGUGAUGCCUGGACACUCAGAGAGCAGAACAGAUGUAGCUGUUGAUGGUGACGCGCAGCUGCUGCUUGCAAUUCGAACUCCAUGCGGUCAAAGGUUCAAGUGGCACUUCCAGCCCACAGACACGCUUCAGGCUGUCGUAGCCGCUGCCGAGGCCGAAUCCGGAGAGCGGUACGAAGAUGCAGUAAUUGAGACCAUGGAGGUCCCUCGGCGGACCUUCACCAAUCUCACCAUGAGCCUGUCUCAAUGUGGGAUCUUCAAUAAGUCAGUUUUAUGCAUCAGCCUUGAAGACAGUACAGUGGACUACUGAUGGUUUUAAGUGUUCCAAGUUACUCAUUUUAAGGGUCGGCUUCCUAGACAGCCUUAUCCUGGACUGCACCUUCCUUUCAAUGGACAAUCUCCAUUCAGAAUGUUGUGUAGUCUAGAACCGGGAAAUCGACUCUAAAACCACUUUUGUUUAAUGAUGAUUAUUGUAAUUAUUAGAGCUUUAUUAA